GUCGCCUUUCCGACCCCGGGCCCUUGUGAGCGCUGCGCCCGCCCUGCCCUCCAGCCGGGGACUCACUGGGUCCUGCCUGCGUCGCGCGGGUCCCCGCCCUGGGCAGCGUCCUCCCUCCCUGGGCUCCGGCGCCGCGGGCGGAGGGCGAAGCUGCGCGAGGACCAACCAGCUCCGGGCGGCCGCGGCGAAGGCGUGGCCCCGGGCCCUGCGUGCGCGGGGUCGGGGGCGCAUGGCGCUCCUCUCCUCUCGGCCUUUCUCCUCGGCCUGGACACUCCGCGUGGCCGCUGGCGGGCGGGGGCCCGCACACUGGGUGCGUGUUUGCCCUUGGGUCUCAAACCCCUCGGUGAUCGUGUCUCUCUCAGAGACGCAGGCUCCUGCAGGCAGCGGGGGAGAUGGCUAGGGUGAGGAGUUUGCGGAGUCCUGCUGCUGGCGGACACCCGCAGCUUCAUGCUACAGGAGGCUUGGCCGAGAGAGUAGAGGAGCCCCGGAGUUGCACAGCAGGUGCCAGCACCCUGGCGUUCCGCCCGGGCUCUCCUCUGCAAGGUGGAUUGAGUUGUCUGUGUGGCUGUAGCAGCCGCUCAUGUCUACAGGCUUGUGAAAUGAGGGGACCGCGACAAUGAUGUCUGAUCUGCUCCGUCUUUAACAACUGUUAUUCCUUGGUGUGCACAGCGCUUAGAGAAGUGAGAAAAUCCAGUCGCUGCCUUGAGAGCACCUGGCAGCUGGGGUCGGACAAACAAAACAGUUAUCUAGAAUGUUUCUUGAGCACCGAUAUGUGCAGACUCUAGCCAAGUAUCCAGGGGUUCAGGGAUAAAAAAGACACGAUCCUUGUCCUCAAGAACCUGUGCCUCAUGGGGAGACUGCCGUGUCAGUGACGAGUCACACAUGGAGUGACAGGUGUCCUGGUCGGGGGCAGUACUUGGAACACAGAGGAGCACCAUGUAGGGCCUCGGCUGGCAGUUGUCAGGCUCAGUGGGUUCAGGGACCACUCUCCUCCAUCAAAUGGAGUCAACAGAACCAGCCUGCCCUGGAGAGUGGCGGGCUGCAAGGGGCACCAGGGUUGGUUAGCUUCAUGUUGGUUCUUGGUUUUCACAUCAGUUUCCUACUAAAACUAGACCCCAGCCUCAAACUCCAGCCUGGUUGAGUGGGGCUGUGCUCCUCUGCCCUAGUUCCCCCUGCCUGGCCCAGCAGAGGUGCCCCCUUAUUUCUGCAUGAUCCCUCAGCCCAGAUCACCUUCCUUCAUCUUCUGGCUCCCACCGGAUGCUGAAAAUGGCCUUCUCAGAAGCUGCCUCCAGUGGAGCCCUCAGAGAGGGAUGUUGGACCGAAGGUAAGUCAGGUGUAUGUACACAUUUUCAUUCAGAAGAAACUGGACUCUCAAACUGCUUGUCAAGAUGGGAAAUCCACCCAGUCAUUUCAUGUGUUGCCUCUGUGCCUGGGAGAGAAGAGGAAAGCCCAGAUGUCCCCUUUUGACUUGACAAAGAAUUCACAGUACUUGUACCAUGAAACAUACGUUGCUUGGAAUAUUAUCACCUCGAGCACCACAUUUCUGGGUAAGAGCCCGUCAGGGCCACCGCCCUCCUAGCAGAUAAGGAUACCCGGCACAGGCCGGGGGAUGCUUCACUGCAGGGUGGUUUGAGGACUCAGAACACCAUCUGCUUCCUUUGGAGCUUGGAGGAAAGAGCGUUUUCUCCUAAUCUGGUGGAGAUUUCUUUCACUGUCAGUUAAACAGCCUGAAGUUUGUCGAGUUUUGUGCUGGGAUCCUAUGAGUUAGCACUGAGAGAGGAGGCAGGUCAAGGAAACUCAGAAAUGAUAUAGGAAAGAAAUAGAUGAGGGUUCGUAACAAAUGAAAUACAAGCUGUGUGGUGAUGCCUGACCUGUUGCUGGGACCGACCGAUUCCUGUUUGAAUCUGUGGUGAAAUUGGGAUGCUUUUAAGUGGAAUUAGGGAUGGAACAUCCGAUUUUUCAGGCAACGCAAGCAAGGUCCUAGUUGAUGGUUACCUGGGGCCCUGGCCCUCUGGAUGAGUUAGCUCAGGUUAAGUGCUACAAGGAAAACUAGAGGCGAGUAAGGAACAGGGAGUGGGGGCAGUGUCUGGUCGGGGUCAGGGAGGCUUCUGUGAGAAGGGCCCUUGGAGCAGAGCUCAAUGAGUGAGGGGCCAGCCCCUCGAACACCUGCUCUCAGGGCCUGAUUCUGAAAGCAACCAGGCACUGAGGCAAGAAGGACUAGGUAUGUUUGGGGAAUCGAAAGGCUGAUGGCUGAAGGGGAGUACAGGGUGGGCCAGGGCCUGUCAUGGGGCAGGGGCAGGAGUGUGUAGGGCUUAGUAAGGAUGAGAGAAGCCAUUGGGGAUUUGAGCAGGACUGUGACGGGCGUUCACUGGCUGCUGUGUGGAGAAUGGACCAAGAGGGAGGGCCGGGAGGCAAGGAUGGGAGCAGGGGCACCCACAGGGAGCCAACCCCGAGUUUCAUCCAGCUCAGAAUCUAGGCUGCGGGUGAUGGGAGUCUUCCAUGAGGGGCACAUGUGGCUCCUGUAGCCCAAAAGUGCCUUGUCUGGUCCCAAAUACAGGAAGUGGAGGAAGGAUGGGAAAAACUCCAGAGGCCACAUGGCAGUCAUUGGUCCAUGGUACACGUCAAGUCCUACUGGACACAGAUGUGGAGACCUGGCCCCUGGCAGAGGAAUAAGAAUUCUUUGGUAAGCAAGUGAGUAAACCAUGAUGCCACUUACCGAGACAAGGAAAACCAGGAAGAGUGAGUUGGCCAGGGCUCUGGGGAAAUCAAGUGUUCUGUCAGGUUGCAUCCGGUUUGAGGCGCUCAUUAGACGUCCAAGUGGGAAUACGUGAGCAGGGAAGGGGAGUGGGCCAUGUUCCCAUGUCCCCCCGCCCCCUUCCCCUUCCCGCACUCCCUCCUGUCUGUCUGUCCCUUAGUAAUUCAGCGCUGAAAGAGCUCAGGGCUGUGUUUUUUCCAGACACUUGUUUAAGGUUCAUGGCCUUGCUCGCUCCAGCAGCAAAAGGAUUGGUGGUGCUCUGCCUUCUCUUGCAGAUUUUCUGUUCCAUAGCUUCAGUUACAAGCUCAGAAAAAUGAAGAGUUAUGUCUAAAGCAAGACCUUUCUGAAGAGGUGGGGUGACAAAGAAAUUCUUAUGUAAGACUGGAGAAUUUUGCCCCUGGCCUUUCUCUUUAGCCUUUACUGGCUUCCGGUGGUCCUUCCUCCCUCUUGGGAACAGAGAGAGAUGGAAAAGCGCACAGGCAAAAAAAGGAAGACCCAGACCCCAAAGGAAGAAGUAAAUGUGCCAAAGGACACUUCCGAACAAGAGAAAGUGUCUGGGAACAGUCAGCCCAACAAGAGCUCCACUUUGGCUAAAAAGCCCAGUAAAGAGCCCGGCCUGAAUCCUGACGAUGAAGAACACAUAUUUGAUGACUUCGAUGCUUCAUUUAAAGAUGACUUUGAGGGCGUUCCUGUAUUCAUUCCUUUUCAGAGAAAGAACCCCCAUGAAUGCAGCAAAUGCGGACGCAUCUUUAAGCACAAGACAGAUCAUAUCCGCCACCAGAGGGUGCAUACUAGAGAGAAGCCCUUCAGAUGUGAUCGGUGUGGGAAGACGUUCAGGCACAGUUCCGACGUCACUAAGCACCAGAGAAUCCACACUGGAGAAAAGCCCUUUAAAUGCGGUGAAUGCGGAAAAGCCUUUAACUGCGGUUCUAAUCCCCUGAAACAUCAGCAAACUCACACUGGAGAGAAACCAUAUGAAUGUAAGGAAUGUGGGAAGACGUGGUUUGCCUACAGCUCGUGUCUUAUUCGCCAUCGGAAAUGUCACCCGCAGAGGAAGCACUAAGUGUGGGGAAGCUGUCCGCCGAGCACCACCCUGGGCAGGCCUGUCCCUGUGGUCCCUUCUCAUUCAGCGUCUGAUUGAUGCCAGGUCCGUGAGAAAUGGGUUCGGUGCGCCUUUACUCGUCGGUCCCUGUUGACACCAGGAAAAUCAACCCAUUAGGUAAGCGAAUGCCCGUGUGUGGUUAAAGACCUUUCUAGUCCAGAGAAUCUCUGUGGAUCAAGGCACUGUGAUGGCGUGCAAGCGCCUCCCAGAUGCAGCACCAGAGAUGGCACGUGUAUGAACUGCUUUUGGCAGGGCGGGCCGCAGACUCGGAGCACGGCCCAGUGGCAGAGGCACCUGGCGUUUGCCAGUGGCCUGGUGCCUCCCUCUGCCACCCCUGCCUGUGGCGUCCACUCAGGCUUCGGCCCUCUCCCCUGCUCCUUUGGUCUGCACACUCUUGGCCCACUGGGUCCCGAGCCCAUGCCCAUGCAGCCUGGCAGGAGGCCUGUGGCCCUGAGCUUCUGCAGUGAGCACCGGGGACCCGCCAUCCCUGCUUGGCUGGCUGCGGUGACGGUCCUGUGGUUUGUUCUCUGGCUUCCGUCCUUGGGCUGAAUCACCAGUCCUUGAACUCAGCUCCCCGUCCACCGGAACUGGACCCUCUGUGUGUCCUCCAGCCCAGCCACCAUCUCAGAUGAGCAGCAUGACUUACCCAGAUGGACCACUCGGGACACGGCUCCUCAGGACCUAAAUGUUGCCACCGUGGGAGAGUCCUGCCCUGGCCAUGUGGUGGGGGCCCUGGGACCCUGAUGGCAGCUGCGAUCCAGUCUGUGUCUACCGUGUGGCCCUUCAGACACGAGGUGGUCUGCCCCUGCCCCCCAGGAGCCAGCUCUCUGUUCAGGGCCAACAGGACGGGUCCCAGAAGCAGAAUGACAGGCGGAGAUCAUCCUGGCAAAUGCCUUCCUCCGGGUUGUGCCUCGUAGGUGGCCCAGUAGCACACGGACAGCAGGUCUACCCUGGCCUCUCCGGCAGGGCAGGUGUGAAGUGGGGGCGCUGGCAGUGCUCAACCUAAUUCCGUGACUUCCUCUGUGAAGCCCUGAGUACAGGGCUGGCUCACCUGAUUGUCACCUGAACGUCAGCUCUUGUCACAGGUUGUGAGAGCAGAUCACCCCCAAAGCAAGAAGUUUCUGAUGAAACAUGCAUAUAAAGGAGCCUAAAAACUAACAAGAAUCCCACGUUCCUGAGCUCCAAGGAGGAACAGAGAUCAAGAAGGAAGAGAAGAGAAAGGCUGUGGGUGAGGAGAGAGGAGACCUCGUCCAGCAUCCCUGUGCUGAUGGACAGGUGGGGACACGGCCGUGGGGGCUGUCACUGCCGGACGGGCAGCCUGCAGCAGAAAGUCUGCUCUCAAGGGAGACGCCUGCCCAGGGUGAGUAGAGGGAAGCGUUUCAUCUGAGAGGCCCCAUGAGAGCACUGACACUCCAAAACUAGAAUCACUGCAGGGAGCCUUCUUGUGGUUCUCCAGCCUUCCCAGAGGUUCACCAGUUCACAGUGGGAGCGCUCAGCUUCUCUCCUCCAACUGGGCGUUCUAGGAACGCACUCCAGGUAGAAACACCCGCAGGCCGUCAAGAACUUUCUCAGUGUUCAGAGAAUGUCCCGCAAAAACCUUCAGGGUGUCCCCACCCCGCUGAGCACCCGUUCUUACGUUCUUGUUGCAGGAAAACUGUUAAAGCAUCAACUACAGAAACACCCCAGGGCACCUCGUCCACCCGGCCAGGCUCUCGCCCGAUGCCUGGUCUGGCAUGGAGAGCGCUGGGAUGGCUCCAGAAUGACCUGGCGUCAGGGCAAAGGCCACAGAGGACUUUGAACCAGACCCGGGGACACCUGCAGAUGUCCCAGGGAUGUGACGUCGAUCGUCCUUCACACCGGCAUUCUGUGAGCUGUGCCAGCAUCUGUCCCUGUGGUCCUUGUCCUGGCCAUGAUCUGAGGGAAGGUGGGAGCCGGCGCUGGGGGAGGCGGACAGUGAGGGCCACAGAACAGGUGGGGCUCUGCUUCCUCUCCCCACAGGGGGAGGGGGCUGACCAGUGACUUUGGCCUCUGGUUGCCCCCACCGGGUUCACUGCACCCUAGGGAGGCUGUGGGCACCAGGGUGCCACCUGGGCUCUAUUUCUAAUGACCUUUGGUGUUUGGCCCCAAUUUGGGCACCAAGAUGUGAUCAUUCCUUUCCUCUACAAGUGAGUCAGACACCAGGAUGUGCUGCAGAGUAAGAGGACCUGCAGCCUCAGCACCAGGGAGGAAGGCCCAGGGCUCCCGGGUCGUGGUGCUCGCGGCAGGAGCCCAUGGUGCUGGGAACACUUGGACAUUUGCUCUGGAGGGGACAGAGAGAGGUCGUGGUGAGGGCAGGGUUCUCAGGGAGCUGGGACGGAGGGCUGAAGGGGGUGUCUCUGAGGCCAGGGAAGCAGCGUUGGGACGGGAGAGGGAACGGGUUGGGGGACGGGGUGGGCCCCACCGCGAAGAGGCUGGGGUGGGCUCCAGGUCUGCCACCUGCACAAGGACAGGGCUCUGCUCCGAGUGGCAGCCUGUGCCUUCAAGGACCUCUCUCUGUGUGCCGAGCUCGGAGUUCACCGCCUUCUGGUUUCCUCCUCACAAAUGCCAGCCGCCUCUUCAGCCAAUCACAGAGAGGGUGGUCCUCCCCGACCAGUCCCGCCGGAUCCAGGCUUGGCCACAGGCGGGCUUGGCACUGCUGCCCGCAGUCCCCUGCAGACUCGAGGCCUGGGCGUCCGAGGCCUGAAGACGGCAUCUUGGGGGGUGAGCACCUGGGUGCCUCAGCCCCAUGUGCACCUCAGUCUCGGCACCGGGAGUGCCCAGCGUUGGUCACACUGCGUCCCCGUCUCACCUCGCGUGCCCUGUGUCAGCCGCGUCACUGCAGCCUCACCACAUGGCAUCCGGUCUGGUCCAUCUGUGGUGUCCGUGCCGCUUGGUUUCACCGUGUGACGUUCCGGGUGAGCCCGAGCACUCGGCGAGUUGGAACUCUCCUUACAUCCCCCUGGUGGGUCACCGGCCCUGGGUGGUCAGCGCUCUGGCCCACAGCUGGUGGCCAUGGGCCAGCCGUGCAGACACUUUCCCUAGUCUAGUGUUUCCCACUGUCAUCUUUACUGUUCAGAAAUUUAACUUUCCAGCUAGCUGAAUUUGUUGAACUUCCGCUUUACAACAUCUUCCUCCCUUCUGUCCCCGGAGAGGAAGUACCCCACACUUCGGGCAGAUGCUCUCUCUUGGCUGCCAGUCCCUGUGGUGUUUUCUCAGUCCCGCCGGCAGCUGUGCCAGCCCCGCGUCACUUCCCGGCUGCCUCCCGUGUUCUUCCCAGAUGCGUCCUGUCCUGCGGCCUGUGGGUGUCUGUUUUCUCCUGUAAUAAACAUCUGUUCUGACCUGUU